CCGCGGAGCAACCCCACCCGCCCGCCCAAUCACCCACCCACCCAAUCAAGAUCUAGCUCAGCUCAAUCCCUGAGCCGGCCAUGGCGGCCCGACCGCCGCCACCGUGCUUCUUCGCCUUCCUCAAGCACGGCGCCCUCCUCCCGGCGCGCCACGGCGGGCUCUUCCUGCCGCUCGUCGCGCUCACCGCGGCCCUCGCCGCGGCGCUCCUCCUCACCAACUCCCUCGCCGUGCAGCCCCUCGCCGCCGCCGCGCUGGUCGACGCCAGCGCCAUCAGCCGCGCCGACCCGGCCGGCGCCGCGUACCCGGGCCUCGUCAGGGCGCUCAGGGGCGACCUCAGGCGGCUCCUGCUCGAGGUCGGCGCGUGCGUCCUCGCCGCGGUCGUCGUCGGGUCCGCCAUCAAGAUAGCCACCGUCUUCGCCGCCGUCAGGGUGUUCUCCUCCGGCGCCGAUGACGACGCCACCGAGCGCCUCACCGUGUCCGCCGUCCUGGGCAGCGCGAGGGGCAACCUGUGGGGCCCCGUCGCGACCGUCGCCUUCGGGUACGUCCUUGAGGUGGCCUGCGUGGGCGCCAUCGUCGCGCUGGCGCUGGCCACGGUCUACCUCCUGGAGCGCUCCCUGCUGCUCCUCUUCCUCGACGUGCUGCUCGUGCUCCUCGCGUCGCUCUUCCUGGUCUACCUCACCGUGGUCUGCGCGGUGGCGGUCGUGGUCUCGGCGGCGGAGCCGGGGCGGCACGGCGCGGCGGCGGUGUCCCGCGCGUGGCGGCUGAUGGAGGGGAGGAGCGCGCGGGCGGCGCUCUACGUGGUCGCGACGUGCGCGCUCGGCGCCGCGGUGUCGCCGGUGUACACGCUGGCGCUGAGGUGGUGGCCGCGGAGCCCGUGCGCCGGGGUGGCCGCCGGGACCGCCUACGUGGCCCUGCUCGGCGCCGUGGAGGUGUUCUCCGUCGCGGCCGUCACGGCGUACUACUUCGAGUGCAGGGACAGCAAGGAGGAGGAGGAGGUGGUGGCAGCCCACAGAUACAGAUACGCCAAGCUGCCCAAUGGAGAUGCAUGAAUCAAAUGCUUGAUCAAUUCAUUCCCUUAUUUUUGCUUGUCAAUACAUUGGAUUAGGUAUUUAGUAGAGAUAUACUCCACCAUUGUUAUGGUUUCAGCCACAAAAAAUUUACUUGUACUAUUAACAAAGAAAAUACAGAAAGCAAUUGCUCGAGCUAGUCCUCCCGAAAGAAAUGUAUUUGUGUUCUAGAUACAGUGGAAAUUUCCUCGCGGUCAAGAGCAA